AUGCCGGCGGGACAGGAGCUCACGGCUACCCGCGCACUGCUACCAGCAGCCAGCAUGCCUGUGUCAAACGGGGGACCCUUUGUCAGGAAUGGCAAAAAAACCCCGCGCCCUAUUGUGAGACUUGUGGUGACGGACACUGAGCUGGGGGAGCAGCGUGAGGUAAUUCCAUUUCAGUCCAUGGAGCUUGACCGCGUGCUCAAACUGUUUGAAGAUCCUUUCUCACGGGACUUAACAGAAAGACAUGUGAGAAUUUUGAAGAAGACAGCCAAACAUUAUUGCAGUGGUAUUCCUUUGAAGGAUUUAGCACAAAUAUCCAAAAUUCUUAAUAUUUGUGCCGAAAGGAUAGAAGAACAUAAAGAGUUAAUAGAACCAAUGUGUGAAAUCCUCAAGAUUUUUGGCCUACCAUUCCUGAAAGAGAAGGCAUCCGAUGAAACAAACUAUUCUCCUGCUGUUGCAGAUUCAUUAUCACAGUUAGGUUGUCUAAUGCGGGUGCCAAGUUCUGACGUUAGAAUACAGAUCUGCAACUCUAUUACUAAUUUCUACAAUUCAAGCUCUAUUAAACAACAGGUUGAAGGUUUUCAGCCAACAAGCUUGAAUUACAAGAUACAGAUGGCUGAAGCAGGAGGUCUGGCUGAAACCUUGGUUUUGUCACUGACAUUGUUUGAAAAUCAGUUACACGAGAAAUUAUGCUUACUAAAAGUCCUGCAGCUGCUAUCGAAUACCUCUGAAAACUGCAAACUCAUGGCCAAAGCUCAAGCGGCGUGCAGAAUUUGUUCACGGCUCAAUGACCCAGAUCCCUCCGGACAGCUCCUCUUUCGGUCUUCAGAAAUUUUGUGGAACUUGUUAGAAAAUGGUCCAAAGGAAGAACUUGUUAAUCAGCUCAGAAACAUAGAAUGCAUCUAUGCGUUGAAAGAUUCAUUUGUACAUCUCUUAACCAAUGGUGUCCGACAUUAUGACCGCCAACUUAGAAAUGAUCUCCUAGUAAUAGCAACUCUAAUAGCUGAACAUCAUAGCUCAUCUAUGGUGGAAAGUGGGUUUGCCAAACAACUCAUCUCAUUUGCUACAUUUUCUGAAGUUAAAAGUCACAACCCUCUGGUUAAAAAUCUCAAACUUUUGCACAGUCAUGAAGAUUUUGAAAUGAAAAAAUUGUUAUUCAACAUGCUUGUGGUUUUAUCUAAAGAUUUAUCUACAACACAGCUACUCAACGACGGAAAGGUUGUGUUGGCUCUUUUCAAUUAUGUGAAAUCAAAUGAAAAACCUGGGGCCCAAGAUUGGCCUACUGCACGAUUUGAGGAAUUACAGCUUCAUGCCAUUGCAACUUUGUCCACAGUGGCUCCCCUGCUGUUAGAAGACUACAUGACCUGUCAAGGAAAUACUCGUAUCCUUCUAUUCUUGGAAUGGUGUAUUAGCCAAGAUACAUUCACCGGUAAAGGCAACAGUUUCCAUGGUACAGGUGGUCGUGGCAACAAACAUGCCCAGAUGCGCUACAGUUUAAGGCUGCUGAGGUCUGUGGUGUCCGUUGGGGAUGAGACUGUGAAUCAGGACCUUUGUGAUCAGGGAGCAAUUAGCCAACUGUUAGGUAUAUUAAGAAGCAUUGUUAAGAAUGCUGGCAGCAGCGAUGACUCAACGCUCCUCGAAAUCCAGUCUGAUAUCCUGUUUAUAUUGUCCACUAUUUGCGAAAAUGACCUUCAUAAAAAGGAAUUAUUUGGAACAGAAGGGGUAGAUAUGCUAAUUAAUUUACUAAAGAUGGAUCCAGCUAAGUUUUACAGUGGGUUAGGACACAACAAACUUCUUUUUUGUGCAUUGGAUAGUGUUUGGUGCUGUAUAAUUGGAUGCUUCACUUCUGAAGAUUAUUUUCUUGAAAAAGAAGGCUUGUUCCUAAUUUUGGACUUAGUUGCUCUUAAUCUAAAGAGCAUGAACAAUCUAGUGCUUGGAAUAUUGGUUGAAUUUUGUGAUAAUCCUAAAACGAUUCCUCAUAUUAAUACCUGGCGCGGGAAGAAGAAUGAGACAGCGGCUAAACUUCUGAUAGAGCUGUGGCUUCAAGAAGAGAAGGAACUUGGUGUUAGAAGAGAUGAAUAUGGACGUAUUAUUGAUGCAAAGAAACCAUUAGUUGGACAAUUCCAGGAAGAACAAGGAGUAACCCCUUUGCCUGCUAACUGUUCCAGCAUUGCCAUCAUAGAAGUGGCUGAAAACAAUCGUGCCAAAGUCUAUUCUGUGUUUUCUAAACUUGGUUUUGAAAAUCUGCCUGGUUUGUCUGCUCUUGAUUAUGUCACCCUAAGUGUAAUAAGCCGAUAUCUAGAUUUUAAAGUUGGAGAAAUAUGGAGUGAAAUUAAGGCAGAACUAAAAGCUGAAAAUAUUAACCCAGUAACCUCUGAUCAAGAAGUUUUGGACGUCAUUGAGAAAGCAACUGAAAAUAUUUGUAAGAUUGUUGCUUCUCACCAGACGGAAAUGAUUGAAAAUCACCAACAAAUCGAAUUACAAGAAGAACAACAGAAAUAUGCAGAGCUAAAGGCAAAUCGCAAACAAAGUGAAUUGGUUAUAAAAUCAUGGGACAAUUUCCUUGCUCGGACUUCAAACUAUGAAGCUUUAAAGAAAGCAAAACGGAUUCAGGAAAAAUCUAUUGAAUCAUCAAGACCUAAAGCACGACAAAAAAAUACAACUUUACACUCAACACAAAUUCCUCAUCUCAAUACCACAGUUGCUUGUGGCCGUGUUGUAAAUGUAGAAAGCACGCCAGCUCAUAUAACUGGAGGGCCGCUAUCUGGUACAGAUAUUAACCUCAAAAAGGUUUCAGCCCGUGGUGGAGGAGUUGCUCAAAAGAACAAAUCUGUUAAAAUGCUGGACUAG